AUGUUAAAGGAGCAUCAACAGAGGCAAGUGCUGCGAAGAGAAGAACAAGAAAAACUCAAAAACGAAGCCAUUGUCGCAGCUCACAAUCUCUCGUCGGCCGUUGUCGAUCAUUUGAAUCUGAGGGUCUCUCAAGCAUAUGGAAAUCAAAAACGACUAGAUGUCGAAGCGAAACGAUUCGAAAGCAAUGCCGCCGCGCUAGCCAAGCAAUCGGAACAAUGGCUGGCCAUCACGGAAUCACUUAAUCACGCACUCAAGGAAAUAGGCGACGUGGAAAAUUGGGCCAAAGCAAUCCAAAACGAUAUGGCGAUCAUUUCGACUACACUACAACGGAUAUAUCAAGGUAAUGUUUCGAAGUGA